AUGUCCGCAAUCCGCGAAAUCGUUGCGGGUAUCCAUCGACUGGAACUGGGAGAACCGCCAGAUGCGGAGGAGAUUGCAUACUGCGCGGAGCAUAAUGUUACGCCGUCCGACGGCCAGUUGCCUCCUCUUCAACCGCCUGGAACAGUCAAAGAAUCUUACGUCAAUGUCAGCUCCAAUGUUUUCCCAAUGAGACUGAACGCUUCGAAACUCGCCCAUGUCUACGCCGUCAAGGUUUUUGCGGUCUCCUAUACGGAUGGUCAGCCAACAUAUCGGGAAUUGACUGCUAUUUCGAACGUUGAGUAAGUUGGUCUUAUUUUUUCUUGGUUUUUAGAUAAAAAAUGGUUUGAUGAAGGUUCAAUUGAAUUAUUUAAUCCAACUAAGGGUUAAUAAAUCUUCGUUUUUUUGUUUAAAAGGAGUGUUUUGAAUUUUUUUGUCUAAAUCAAUGUCCAUUUUUAGCUACUGGUUAGCCGAAUCUCGACGAGUGAUCGCUCUGGCCUUCAAAUACGCUGUGAAGCGCAACAACUCUACUCUUCCUCCGCUAUACGCCUUUGCAUACGAUGGAAGCGCCCGAUUUUAUUGUACCGAGAAACUUAGCGUUGGUGCCAAUGUAAGUUCAUGCCUAUUAGGUAUAUUUGUUAAUUCAUUUUUUCCUUUUUGUUUAUUGCAGUAGAGUAAAUUUUUUUUUUAAAUUUUUCAUAUUACUUUAGAUUUUUUCAGGGCCGAUUGACUGUCACGGCCAAGAGAAAUGGUGACUCGAAGUUCCCGCUCAGCCAGCCUUUCUCCGAGGUUCUUUUGGAGAUUACCGACAAAGAUGACACGGUUGAGCUGACUCCUUCAGUCGUAGAAGCAGGAAUCGGAAGUGUUCGGAAGUUCGAACGUUGUCUGGACGUUGUUACUAAUCAAGGGAUCCAAUAUGACGCGUAAGAAGCUUUGAAUUGCCGAUUUUUUCUAUUUUUUUUACCUAGUAUAAUAUAAAAAAAUUUCAGAGAUGGUCAUGUGUGUUUCGGAGCCAACUGCAGCUAUCUUCUGAAGCCCGAAGAGUUUGGAUUUGACGGAAGAGAUGCGCCGGAGCUUCCAGGAGGCGCCUAUGUGGCUUUGGGAGCUCAGAAAACUGUUCGGCUGUUUCGCUCUGAACAAGGGAACAGCCCGGCAAUGGUCAUUGCUGGUGAGGAUAAUAUGAUAUUUACCUAAUUCUAAAUGAAUCUUCAGCGAAGAAAACGCCCUUUUUCGCCUGCAUCUCCGUGGCUCGCUCCGUGUUUGAGCGCUUCCCGAAAAUCCACGAAAAAGUGAAUGGGUAUCUUUCGGAUCUGCAGGCCUAUUACAAGCAUCUCGUGGUGAACCCAACUCACCUAGCCAACAACGACAGACCCAUUCAAAUCCACGAUAUCAUCGCCGGGAACGCGAUUAACACCACUUUUGAGUAUAAUGGAGAACAGAUCUCCGUCCAGGACUACUACAAACGCCGCUACAACAUCGACCUACGAUACCCAAGACUUCCGUUGAUGGUGUGCCAGAGGUACAAGAAUCAGCCGGAGUCGCGGACCUACCACCCCAUGGAGUUGUACACCUUUGCCGACAAUCAACGCCUCAAACAGCGACACAACAGCGCCGAUGUGGUGGCGGCGCUGAUCAAGGUUGCGGCCGUCGAACCACUUAAUUUGAUCAAGAAAAUUUUCAACACCGGCAAAGCGUUGCACUUGUUGGAGAACAAGUUCCUCAAAACUUACGCGGUUGAAGUGGGAACCAUGCCGAUUCAGGCUCGCGGACGCAUCGUCCCACUGCCCGCCAUGAUCUACGCCAACACACAGGUCAGCCUCUACGAUCGCGACCGCAACACCUGGCGCUCGCACCAAUUCUUCAAGCCCGCCAAAAUCGGCGCGUGGGGCUUUUACGUGCGCGAAGACAACCGAGCCCACGUUGACGCUGUUUUAGAGAGGUUCAUCAACGCAUUUGUGGGCGAAUGCCUGGUCAAGGGCAUGGAGAUUGGUCGCCCAACCGUCAUCCGCGUCCUUGACACCAUGGACGAUUUGGCGGAGAUCUUCACGAAGGCUACCGAUGCCAAGUUUGAAUUUUUGAUGUUUAUCUCCAACAAGGAGGACAAGAAAAUUCAUCGUAAGAUUAAGAGGGAUUUAUGCAGUUUACAGCGGCGGAUCUGACACAGUGGCAAAAAACGUACCAUUUUGCAUCUGGGAAGUAUCAAAAAUGCAGCAAAAUGCCUCCCUCUUCAAGUGAAAAGACUCCAGUUUCAAAAGCGCCCCUGCUCUUUUUGAGGGAAGUCUUUUGAAAUCUGAGCCUUUUCGCUUGGAGAGGGAGGUAUUUUGCUGCAUUUUUGAUACUUCCCAGAUGCAAAAUGGUACGUUUUUUGCCACUGGAUCAGGUCCCCCACUGUAGUUUGCGUGUUUAGCUCGAAUCAAGAAGUUUGAGCGUGCCUACAACAUUAUCACCCAAAACGUGACCGUCCAAGUGGCCAUGGAUGCGUGUGGAGCAAUGGCACCGCCGAAGAGGCUGACCAUGGAGAAUAUUGUCGCCAAGACCAACAUCAAAAUGGGCGGACUCAACUACAAAGUGGGCGAUAUGGCCACAAAGUGGGUUUGAUUAAUUUUUUUUUGAUUGUAAAUUUAGGUUACAGAAUGAGUAAUUGGAUUGUUUAGGAAGUUUCACGGCGAUGAAGAGCUUUACAUCGGAAUCAACGCCGACACCUCAGCCGUUCGAUUGCAAAAUGACGCAAAAGUGCCGGAGUCGCACGCAGGAACCGCCGAGGUCACGCGCAAUCCACUGGUGGUCGGCUUCACUGGCAACGACACCGCCGAUCACACCAAUUUCACGGGAGACUACAUUUUCCAGGAGCCAAGAAGAUUGAUCAAGAUCUCAGUUGUCAUGCGGAUUGUUACCGAAACUUUGGAUCGAUUCAUUAAGAAUCGCAAGGCUGUGCCCAAGAGAGUGUUUGUGUACAGAAAUGGCCUGCCCGAGUCCGUUUUCACAUUGGUGAGUUCAAUUUUAUAUUAUUGUUUUGGUUUUUAGGCAAGAAACUGAAAGUUUAGUCGAAGAUUGAAUAAAGGUCUGCGACGGCUGAAAAUAAGUCAAAAAAUUUUUGACUUUUUGAAGCAGGGAAAGGUGUAUAAAUGUUAUAUUUUUUCAGAUCGCCAAGUACGAGAUCCCGGCUAUUAAGGCUCUCCUGAAACAGAAAGGAGUACCCCAUCUGAUCUAUAUUGUCCCCAACAAGUUUCACAAUAUUCGCCUUUAUCCCACCGAGAUUCGCGGCACCAAAGCAUGGGAACAGAACCUUCCCAUCGGAACUGUCGUUGACACCCGCAUGGUCUCCCCGCUCUAUCCCGAAUUCUACAUUCUAGGCCAUGUGGCCAGACUGGGAACGGCCAAAAUCCCGCGCUACUCGGUCCUCUGCAACGACCCUAAACUUACGAUGGAUCAGCUCCAGACCACUACUCUCCACUUGUGCUUUGGCCAUCAGAUUAUCACCGGAGCCACCAGUCUUCCGUCUCCGGUCUUCAUUGCCAAUCGCUACGCCGAAAGAGGGAAAAUGAACUGGAUGUCCUUCCACAGCGAUUCGUAAGUUUGGGAAGGUGUGGGGGAGGUGCUAGCCGGUUUGUGAAGCAAGCAGUUGGAGUGAUUUUUCCGACAUGCAAUGUGGGCAAAGAAUUUCACCUUGCACUGUGCAAUUUGUUGCUUUUUGCACCGUGCAAUAGGCUUUUUUCGGGUGUCGCUCGCACUAUGAUUUUUUUUGCACAGUGCAAAGCAAAAGGCAUUUCGGCGACAUGCACUGUGCGAAAACAAAAGUUCACUUUGCACUGUGCAAUGUGUUGCUUUUUGCACCGUGCAAUAGGCUUUUCUCUGGUGUCGCUGGAACCUUGAACUUUUUUUGCACAGUGCAAAGCAAAAGGAAUUUCUGCGACAUGCACUGUGCGAAAACAAAAGUUCACCUUGCACUGUGCAAUUUUUUGCACAGUGCAUAUCGCAAAAUCACUCCAACUUUGAACGGACUAGGAAAAAAUGGGGAAAUUUUUGAAGUUUUCGUUCUCUUUCUUAUAAUUUUAUUUGGUUGUUUUCAGCUCCAUCACUGUGCGCGACGAUGCCAGUCAAGUGUCGGAGCCACCUGAAGAUGAGUUCACUUACGAAUUUUUCACUCACAACUACUCCUACAGCGGAAGUCAUCUUCGCAACGUCCGCUUCAACGCCUAA